CUUUUUUUUAUUUUUGGCACCACUAGUAGGAUUCCGCAGCUCCCGCGUUGUCGCGUCUUGUCACUGAGGCGGUUUUUCUCGCAGUACUUUUCACUUCACUGCUUGAAUUUUGCAAUUCACCAACCUUCUUUUUUUUGGGUUGGUUUGGACCCCAAGACGCACAGUCACAUCUGGAGCCCCGCACAGCUUCCCUCUCGAAUCCUUUCACGUGAGAGACCUUGGUCCACCCCUCACCUGCAAACCAGCAUAAACACACAGACGUCACACUCACACAGGCAUCAGGCGGGGCCACCACACACCAAACGACAGAGACGGCCAACUGAAACAGCCUGCGAGACGUUCUAACUGGCCUGACCAACGGGCGAGAAGCAGCGGACAAGUCUGAAGGGCAGCCAUGUUGAUCAUCUUAGCCUUCAUCAUCCUCUUCCACCUGGCUGCAGCCAUCCUGUGCUUUGUUGCAACCAUUCACAAUGCGUGGUGGGUGGUGACGCCAGCAGGACGCGACGUGAUCUUCACCGACCUGUGGUACUCCUGCAACGCCACCUGCGUCCCUGUGGAGAACAGCCAUACGACUGAUGCAGCCUACCUGCAGGCCGUUCAGGCCACUAUGAUCCUGGCAUCCAUUUUGUGUUGCGUCAGCUUCUUCGUCUUCAUCCUUCAGCUCUUCAAGAUCCAACAGGGGGAGAGAUUCCUCUUCACCGCGGUUAUCCAGCUAUUGGCCUCUCUAUGUGUGAUGAUCGCUGUAUCCAUCUACACGGCGCAGAAAAACACCUUCCACAUGCCGAGUCUCCAGGACGGCUCGUACGGCUCCUCCUACAUCCUGGCCUGGAUCAGCUUCCCCAUGACUCUCAUCAGCGGCCUCAUGUACCUGGUGCUCAGGAAGCGCAAAUAAGACGGGACGGGCUUGACGCAGAGCCUCGCCAAAAAAUAUUCAUAUGUAUAAAUAGGAACACUUGGACACAAAAUACAUCAAGACAUAUUCUUUUCCUCAACAAACAUGCCGACACAUGCUCUCUGUUUAACCCUUACAUUUUAUAAUACCAUUGGAGGUAAGGAAAUAUGCCAGAAAUAUCAAAUCCAUUUCAAUUUACUAUGGAGCCUCAGGACGUGCCUUUGUUAAUUUUACACACUCAAAACCCAGAAUAGUCACACACCCUCCUCCUUUCUGAUGCUACUUUGUUCUCGCUGAAUGUGGCAAAGGUGUGUUAGGACUUCCCAGACUCCUAUUGUGUGAAGUUGAGCGGCCUCACUAUAUUUUUUAACAGAGCCUCGUGAAGUCUGGCUGACAGUCGACAGACCAGCUGUCUUUGUAUUUGUGUUUUAAUGCAUUACAGCCGCUAAACUGUUUCUUUAAACAUCGAGGGCAAGGAACACACCACGACUCACAUUGAUUUUUAAUGCCUGGUUUGAUAAGUGUAAAAAGACUUUUGCCUGCUUGGUACACAGCACUUCACAGGUUCGUUUGCAUAAAGCUGAGGUCAAAUCUGCUCCAUGCAAAUGUUCUUAAAAUCACUCAUUACUCCACAUAUGAGUCGAGCCGGAGAUGAGCUUUGGUGAGACUGUGCCUUGACUUACCUCUUUUCCCAUCAGCCAUUACACAUGAUAUGAGCUGUGUUCCAACAAAUUGAUUCGUCUCUUACACUCGUCUCGUUGCCUAUUUAAUCCCACAUCAUUCUUAGGAACUAUGUUUGAAAUAUCUGUUUAAGGUUGAAGAGGAAAUGUGGGGAGGUUUGCCUUACAGGGACACAACCCCUGGACGUUCCAAAUGGUCCAUACUUUUUUUGUUUUUUAUUUCAUGAAGCUAUUGUCGACAGAUUCUUUUUGUACAUACUGUAUUUGCUAUGUAUAGUUCAGGUAAUUGCCAAAAACCUAUUUCUAAGACUGAACUGUAGUCUUCGUAUGUGUGUAUUAAAGAAAAGGAGAGAAUCGUAUGUUAUCCAUAACAUAUAGGAAGUGUAGUGAAGCAGUAGCUGUGGUAUAAUAUGUAGGAUUUUAACCCUUUGUAUGUAAUCUUAUGUUACUGACUUGUGUUUUGUUGGUUAAAAAGGAACCAAUGAUGUGCUGUGAUAUUUUGGGAUUUAAAAUGAUGAGAAAGAUACAUGCAAACUUGAACUAGGAAUGAACAUAUAUUUGUUAUUAUUGUGCCUUUUUUGUUCACAGCUUCACUUAAAAAAAAAGAAGACAAACACUAUUUAUUGAAAACCACUGUUGUUUAAUUUAGCACGUGACAGAGGAUGUAUGAAGUAAGACUUCCUUCUCUGGCCAAGCUACUGUUUAUGCGGCCCAUAUGCAUCCAUAUGGACACAUGACCUUGCAUUUUAAUGACGAUAAAUCCAUUACUGUAGUCUGUUUCCAGAAUUACUUCUGGCCACAGUUACAGUUGACAUGGUAGCUACUAGGACCUGAAACAUAUAGGAAAUAAAAAGAAAACAAACAAAAACACAAUCAAACAGUGGUGCACUGGGUUGUAAGGUGACAAAAAUAUGUUCAUGUUGGACGAACGUUGGACCACAGAGCCAGGAAAUAUACCGGCUCACUAAAAAUGAAGAUUCAGGGAAGUGAAGAAUUUGCUCUGUUUUCCCACGAUGAUACUUGAAAACGAUCAAAACAACAUAUUGGAGGCCAAGAUCAUGAUUUUUGUCGUUCUUAGUUUUUGUGAAAAUGUCAUCUUGAGUGUUAAACUAAAUAAUAAGCCUCCUGUUUGCAUGCAAGCUUUUGUCUCUCCGCAAAUCCCUUAAACUUAUGUUGAGUAAGUUGUUGUUGUUCCACAGGCUGAAAAAGGUGUUUAUGUUAAUUAUUAAGCUUUGAUUUAAUUUCAAAACCAAUCUAAAUCAUGAAUAAAUCAAAAACUUGAACAUCAAUUUUUUGCAUCCACUGUUGCAGAUGUUCUACACAGGAACUACAGCAGUCUGUCUUAAGAGCGGAUUUAUUAGAGCUACUCUUGGUUUAGAUUUGGAAAUGUUAUGGUUUUGAUCAUUUUUCCUGUAGUGUGUUUUGUGUGAAUAUAGAUGUACUGUAUCUUAGUCAAUGUAGAUCUGUACUAGUAACCACAGGGCCAUACUGACAAAUAACUGUAACUUGGUCAAAAAUAUAUUAAUGGGGAUCUGUUUUUAAAAAUAUAUUUUUGGGGGGGUUUAAACAUUUAUACUGCUUGAUGAAGUAUUAAUUACCCAUUAAUUGAGAGUCUAAUGUGGCUUUAUGGUGGAAACAUGUCAAUUAUUUAAGAACUAAAAAAAAUAUGAUCUGACACUGCUUAUCAUAUAAUGACUAAUGGGAGUGUUUAUGUUUGCGACAGGCUGCAGUUCACCCUUUUAGGCUACUUCAAUUACAGCGGGUUAUUUAUUUUGACCUCCGUUGCAAGUUCAGUGGCAAGAUCUGUCUUUACUUCACUAGACCGAAAUAUAUGUCUGCUAUUGACACCCAGUGGACUGAUAGAAAAGUACACCAUUUGUAAAGCUCCUGUCAAGAUUAACUGAAAUGAACAAACUUGGUGAAUCCCACUGCUCCAAUCGCAAAACCACAGAUUUGGCAAACUUUCAACAGAUUCAGGAACAAAGACCCAUCUCCCCUGCAAGAAUUUAUAGGUGCUAUUUUUUCUUUCUGUGUUCCCCACCCAUCAGAUGUAGAUCUCAAUAAAUGUAUUUUACAAUGGAUAAAA